UUAUUGCUCCACAAAACCAUGGUGCGAGAACAGUUGGAUAACGAAUUCGGUCCUAAAAAGAUGACCAAGAAGAGUAUUCAGGCGUCGUGCCGUAAGAACAAACUCUACCUUACACCCCAUUUGAACGAUGUUCUCUAUCUGCACUACUCCGGAUACAACGCCAUCGAAUGCCUGGAAGAGUACGUUGGACUCAAGUGCCUGUGGCUGGAGUGCAACGCCAUUUCCAGCAUAUCCGGCCUGGAGCAUCAGCCCCAAUUGCGUUGUCUCUAUUUACACAACAACCUCAUCAAGCGCAUCGAAAACCUGGAGCACUGCAAGCAACUCGACACGCUCAACUUAUCCCACAAUCACAUCACAAAGAUUGAAAACUGCGGCAUCGAUGUGCUGCCCAUUUUGAACACCCUCAACCUUUCGCACAACUAUCUGAAGUCGGUCGACAGUGUGGCGGAGCUGCGCAAAUGCGAUUUCGUGUCCGUGCUGGACAUUUCGCACAACCGCAUCGAAGACAUCGCUGUCGUGAAGAUUUUGGGCGAUAUGAAAGGUUUGCGUGUGCUGACACUAACAGGAAAUCCGGUCGUGAAUGAAAUUCCAGCGUAUCGGAAAACACUUAUCCUGGAAUGCAAAUCUCUCACUUACCUCGACACGCGUCCCGUAUUUGAGAAAGAUCGUGCGUGUGCUGAAGCAUGGAAACGAGGAGGCCACGAAGAAGAACGGAAGGAACAUUUACGUUGGAAGCGUGAGGAACAGCGAAAAAUGCGGCGCAGCAUUAACGCAACACUUCGGCUACGACACCGAGGUGAUGGUGAACCGGAAUUGUUGAAGACCAGCAGCGAUGAGGAUCCUGGUGCCGAUUCCGAGGAUGGCCAGUCACGAGAAGAGGAUCAAUUCAACGAAAGUACCGAAUGUGAAUCGAACGAGGUGGCUUGGAAGCAAAUGGAGCAGCUUUUCAGUCAACAGUUAGAAGGACCAACGAUGCAGAUGAAUCCCAUAAAAGCAGAGCCGGUCUCAGUGCCAGGGCAUGCAUCCGAAUGUUUUAAAAAGGAAAGCAAACCAACGGUGCUAGUUGAAGAGAUUAGCCAAGCGGAGUAUGUAAAUUUGACCACAAAGAAGGAGCAUCCAGGAGCAGAACAUGCCGAUGGUGAUGCUACUAUGAAAACGCAAGACAAAACUUUCGCAGAACUCUCGGAAAAGGAUGAAAGUGCUGCAAAUGAUGAUGAAAUUAUAAAGGAAAUGAUCUCAUCGAACGAAUCGACGAUUGAUCCUUCUGACGAUAUCAUGCAGCCUGUCCAAAUUGUAGAAAUUGUCCAGGAUACGGAUGAAAAACUCACCGAAAAUGCAACCAAUGAUCCAGCAGUUCCCACGGACAACAACAUAGCGUCCGCUGAUGGUGCAAAAGCAAUAGAAACCGUCAUUCCGGAAGAUCAGCAGCCCUUACCGAAACCACUGGUCAAGGAAAAAGCGGAAAAAAUCGCCUCAGCAGAAGCGGACGAUACCCUAAAUGUCACGAUCCACUCGAAGGAAAUUUCCAUCACGAUGCAACCUUCCUGCAGCGAAAUAAACGCUCCACCACCACAACCAUCCACAUCGAUCGCGCUGGAGACAAACGCACCGCGCAAAGAUUCCAUCGUAUCCGUCGGUAACGUCACUGGCUCAGAUUCCAACUCCGACCCAACGCUCGUUACCGAUUUUGACCGUUCGGUGCGCAACAGUCUUACCUACACUUCGGGCUCGGACACGUCCGACAGCGAGGACAUGUACGACAAAAUAGUCCCCAAGAAGCACCGCAAACUGGCCACGACGUUACGAAGCGAAGCAAUGCUCUGUAACAGCAGCACCAGUAGCAGCAGCUCGGAGUGUGAGCACGGCCACGACGAAGGACCAAGCAGGAAACCGCUGGCCGACGAUGAUCGCCAAGGAACAAUCACGGAGUUCAUCGAUGAGUACAAGCGCUUUUUCCACUCCGUAGAUGUGCGUGAUCCACGGUGCGUCCUGAAGAACCGCCACAAGCUCGUGCGUCCACAGACGGCCAAAUCGCAACGCACCGAACCGAUCGUCUACGAGGGUGUGCUGAAGACGAUCGAGCAGCGUUCGAAUGAAACGAAAAUCGACCAGGCUCGCCAGGAACAUGACACUGAGCGCGGCAGUCUGGCCAAGGAAGCGGUACUCGACCGUCUAUUGAAAGGCCACACCGAGGUGGACAUGGAUCUGGAGCAGCAACCGAUAUCGAUCGGUGGCAAGGAGCACAACUUCCGCGAUUAUCGGCUCGAAGUGUUCCGCAAGGACCAGGAGAAACUCCAAACGCUGAUCGAUCGCGUGACGGCACAGAAGGAAAAGUACAACGCGCACAUCGACAGCAUUCAGGAUCAGCUGGCAAACAUAAUGGACGAUUAUGGGCAGAUCAGCGAGAAGCUGAAGCGGGUGGACGAUAUGAUACAAACGAUCGGUGAGGAGAUCACCAUCGAGGAACAGCAACCGCCAUCCGUGGAAUGUCAGGCCCGUUCGAUUGUGGAGCAAAUUGUUGAGAAUCUUACUACUACACUGGAACAACGUGCAGAAGAUCAAGCACUUAAUGUAGCGUCGAAUGAAUUGAACGAUUCCUCAUCGGGCCAAGAUGCGGAACGGGAUGAGUUUGCCGAUUACCACGAUGCUCGCGGUUGCACCAGUCAGCAACACCAACGCCAUCGGUCACUUCCGGUCGAGUUCAACCGUGAUCCGGUGUACCGCAAGUUCAUCGACAUUCAGUUCGAGAUCGACAAGCUAACGGAGGACGAACUGUUCUUUGCCCUUUCGGAUGCCGCUCGGGAGCUGCAGGACGAGGAGGAGGAGGAGGAAGCUAAGGUGCUCCAUGAUGCCGUCGAUGAGUACUGGAACCGGUACGACGAUGUGGACGCCUUCCGUCAGUGUCUCAAUCUCAACUCACACCCGAUCAUCCAACGCUUCCGACGCUUCAUCGAACAGUGUCGCGAAGAUGUGGCCGAAUCCGAUGCGGACACAGUCGACUCGACUGGCACCGAUCAUGGGCACCACGUUCGAAAGCUGGAACAAGCGUACCAACGGUACGAGCGGCGUCUUUCGAAUCAUCUCUUCGAUGAGUAUCUUAUCAUGAGCCGUAAGGUGAGCAUCGCGACGACGGCAACCACCGGCGGUGAAUCGAGUGCCACCGAACUGGAACUGAUUGAAAUCGAACCAUCAGCCGGGUGUGAAAAAGUGGGAUUGAUGGCUGGGUUACGAGCUAGUGCCUGGGAGGCGUGCAAGGAUCCUUCGGAGUGGCCAGAGGAGCUAGAAGAUGAAGAUGAAGAGCUGAAGCAAGCGUUGGCCGCUGUGUUGCCACGUGACAAGCAGGAGGAACCCAUCGAAGAGCUGGAAGACGAAGAGUCUAAGCCUGAGGAGCAGCAUCACGACCACCACGAGGAUCAAGAUUCCCAGACAUCAAGCACACAUUAAGCGCAUGUAGCUGCGGGGGGGUGUUUGCGAUUAUAUUUGUUCUCUUCAAGUACCCCCGGUUAAGCACCCUUUUUGUAGAUGUGCACGAUUCUAAUAAA